UUGAAUUACAGGGCAUCUGAACUGAAAAUAUCAUCACUAGCUAUAAACAAAUCGGGAGACUGGUUAGCAAUUGCUUGUGGGAAAGGAAGCGAUGGACAACUGAUCGUUUGGGAAUGGCAAAGUGAAACAUACGUGAUGAAGCAGCAGUCACAUAGCCAGUCGAUUAUGGCGGUAGCUUAUUCUCCGGAUGGGUCUCAAAUUGCCACUGGAGCCGAGGACGGAAAGCUGAAGAUUUGGUCCUGUCGAACUUCGUUUUGUGUUGUCACAUUUACGGAGCAUAGUAGUGGAGUGAGUUCGGUUUGUUGGACUUCUGAUGGCAAAGCAGUUCUCUCUUCAUCUUUGGAUGGUACUGUACGUGCACAUGACUUAGUUAGAUAUCGCAAUUUUCGGACGUUAGUGUGCCCUGAUAAGACGCAGCUUGGUUCUCUGGCUGUUGAUUCUUCUGCCGAGCUCGUUAUUGCAAGUUCGAUUGAAAAUUUCAACAUCUACGUUUGGAGCCUUGAAAAUGCGAAGUUACUGGAUAUUUUGUCCGGACAUACAGCUCCAGUCGCUGCUAUAUCUGUUCAGGGCAAUAGCCUGGCCUCAGCAUCCUGGGACAAAACGCUGCGUAUAUGGAACGUCGUUGAAGCGUCAACUGCUGAAACCAUCGAUUUGCUUGAUGAAGCGCUUGACGUCGCUUAUUCACCCAGCGGAGAAUUACUGGCUGUGUUAUGCUUGGAUUCUUCAAUAAGCAUUUUCGAGACGCAAACAUCGUCGCAACUUGGUACCAUCGAUACGGCGCUUGAUGUCGAUGCAGCUCGUCGAGCUACCGAUCUUAUUAAAAAGAAAACGAGUGAAAAAAGCAGGACUUUCACGUGCAUAUGUUUUUCUGCUGAUGGCACGCUACUGCUUGCUGCUGGGCAGUCAAAUUAUAUAUGUAUAUACAGUGUGGCGGAGCGAUUUAUUGUAAAAAAAUUAAAAUUGACAGCGAACCGUAGUCUAGACGGAGUUACGAUGGAUAUAAAUCGACGUAAUUUCUCGGAAUUUGGCAAUAUGAUGUUGAUCGAUGCUUCGGACAGCGAGGAUGAGGCGAAUGGCAAGAAAAGUGUGAAGCUUCCGGGAACACGCCAUUCCGACCUUGCCGAGCGGCGUUUCCGGCCGGAAAUUCGCGUUCACGAUAUCAGUUUCUCGCCGACUGUUUUAUAUCUUCAUUCUGCGGCAGUAAAAAAAAGUGAAUCAAAAAAAGAUUGUAAAAAUGUUGCAGUUGAUGUAGCAGUACGAUCGUUGUCAGUGGCAUAUGCUGAAAAAUUGCUGAUAUGGUUGGCCGAUGGAAGCAAUGCCACUGUCGAAAAGCAUUUCCAUUUUUGGCAGUUAUGGAUCAAAAGUUUAUUGAUGGAGCAUGCUCAUCAAAUAAGACUAAAUCGUGCGGCAAAUUUAACUUCACUGACAUCUCUGCAACAAACAUUGUCUAAUCAUGCAAAUCAAUUGACCAAACUGUAA